AUGGCUUCUAAAGCAGAUCCCUUUUACGCUCGCUCGAGUACGAUCCAUGACCGCGUACAAGUCGGAAAUGGCACAACUUUUCUUCCUGGGAAAAAGGACCCCUCGGUGGCACAUCUUAUUGACCAUGUACUGGAACAUGGAUACGUGAUCCUUCCGUCUAUCUACACUCCAACUCAAGUCGACACCGCUAUUAAGGAGCUCGAUCGGCUACAGUCCAACAAUUCCUCAGGCCCCGCAUCAAAAGGUGGACGAAAUGAGUUCGAGGGCUUCAAAACCAAAAGAAUAUAUGCCCUAACGGAUAAGAGCCGGGCAUUUGAUUACUUCCCGAUCCACGACAUCGUGCUGAAGCUUAAUGAUUAUUUUCUACAGCCCAACUAUCUGAUCAACAGUUUUCACACGGUGGAUAUCAUGCCUGGUGAGAGUGGGCAGGUAAUACAUACAGAUGACGGUCUGAUCAAUUUACCACGUCCAAGACCAUUGAUGGGUACUGGUACUAUGGUAUCCCUUGAUGCCUUCACAGCCACCAAUGGUGCAACAACACUCAUUCCUGGAUCGCAUCUUUGGGGCGACGACCGCAAACCUACUCGUGAGGAAAUGAUACCAGCAAUCAUGCCCGCGGGUUCUAUGGUGUUCUUCCUAAAUACAUUGUGGCAUAGCGGCGGAGCCAACACGUCGGAUAAACAACGAAGAAGCUUGACAAUUCAAUACUGCCAGCCGUGGAUAAGGACGUAUGAGAACAUGACCGUGGCCCAGGGUUGGGAAAAUUUGGAUCAGAUUCCCAAGAGACUGUUGUCACUGAUGGGAUUUAGUACACAUGAUUUUAUGGGAUAUGUGGAUGGGAGGUCGCCUAGGGUGGGCGUGGAAAUGAGAAAGAAGCGAUUGAUUGAGUGGGCUUUGAAGGAGAGGGAGAAGGAGAAUGGGAAAACCCAAGAUUCGAAGCUGUGA